CCCCUCUCUCUUUACACUCUCUCAUGUCCGCAGAGACGCUCGAGUCUGUGCAGGAGCUGCUCAACCUUGAGAUUGCCAAGGUCAAGGCACUCAAGGCAGCCAAUGCAUGCAAGGAUGAGUACAUCCCCAUCAUUGCCGCACUUAAGGAUCUUAAGAAGCGUCGUGAUGCCUUCCUCAAGAACGUCGAGGACCGUGUCAAGUUCCCCGUCAACCGUGAGGCCCUCGAGUCGGUGGCCAAGCGCCGGUUCUUCUUCAUCAACGGCUUCGAGAUCUACGGCGGUGUUGCCGGCCUGUUUGAUCUCGGCCCGCCGGGCUGCGCGCUCAAGAACAACAUCGUGGACACGUGGCGGUCGCACUUUGUUCAUCGCGAGUCGAUGCUCGAGCUCGAGUGCUCGAUCCUCACGCCGUACGACGUGCUCAAGACGUCUGGCCACGUCGACCGGUUUGUCGACUACAUGGUGACGGAUGUGGAGAACGGCGAGGCGUUCCGCGCGGACCACCUGCUCGAGGACUUCCUGGAGAAGAAGCUCGAGGCGACCAAGGACGCCGAGACGCGCAAGUCGCUCAAGAACGACCUCGACAACGUCGAGUCGUUCACGCUUGCCGAGCUCGGCGAGCGGCUGGCUUUCUACGACGUCAAGUCGCCCGAGACCGGCAACGCGCUCACCGAGCCUGUGCCGUUCAACCUCAUGUUUGCGACGUCGAUUGGCCCGUCGGGCAACACGCCGGGCUUCCUCCGGCCGGAGACUGCGCAGGGCAUCUUUGUCAACUUUACGCGCCUUCUCGACUACAACGCAUCGCGGAUGCCGUUUGCGGCGGCGCAGAUCGGCUACUCGUACCGUAACGAAAUUGCGCCGCGCAAUGCGCUCCUCCGCGUCCGCGAGUUCCAGCAGGCCGAGAUUGAGCACUUUGUUCACCCCAAGCGCAAGGACCACCCGCGGUUUGCCGAGGUCGCCGACCUCGAGGUCGACCUCUUCCCGUGGGAGAACCAGCUGGGCUCGCGCGAGAUUGUGCGGACCACCUUUGGCGCCGCUGUUGCCGAGGGCGUCAUCGACAACCAGACGCUGGCGUACUACCUCGCGCGCACCAUGCUCUUCAUGCACUCGAUCGGCAUUGUGCCCGAGCACCUCCGCUUCCGGCAGCACAUGCCGACCGAGAUGGCGCACUACGCCUCGGACUGCUGGGACGCCGAGAUCAACACCUCGUACGGCUGGGUCGAGGUUGCCGGCCACGCCGACCGCUCGUGCCACGACCUGACCGAGCACGCCAAGGCCACCAACUCGAAGCUGGUCGCCUACGAGCGCUUUGACGAGCCGCGCGACGUCGAGGUGGUCGAGAUCGAUCUCAACAAGAAGCUCAUCGGCAAGACCCACCGCGGCAACGCCAAGCACAUCUUUGCCCACCUCGCCGGCCUCGACGACGAUGCCAAGCUUGCGCUCGCCAACGAGCUCACGGCCGCCGGCGCCGUCACCAUCGCCUCGCCUGUCGGCGACCUCGAGCUCACCGCCGACAUGGCCACCAUCGCCACCGUCACCAAGCGCGUCUCGGGCGAGUCUUACACCCCGGCGGUCAUUGAGCCCUCGUUCGGCAUCGGCCGCAUCCUCUACUCGGUCCUCGAGCAUACCUUCUACACCCGCCCCGACGACGAGGCCCGCGCCGUCCUCGGCUUCCCCAUCGGCAUCGCACCUAUCAAGGUCGCCCUCCUCCCGCUCUCGGCCAACGCCGCCUUUGACCCGGCUCUCGCUGACAUCCGCGUCCUCCUCGAGAAGGCCCGCAUUACCUUCAAGGUCGACGCCUCGGGUGCCCAGAUCGGCCGCCGCUACGCCCGCUCUGACGAGGUCGGCAUUCCGCUCGCCAUCACCGUCGACUUCCAGACCGUCGACGACAACACCGUCACCCUCCGCGAGCGCGACUCGAUGACUCAGGUCCGCGCCUCGGUUGCCGACGUCGUCGCCGCCGUCGGCUCGCUCGUCAUGGGCCUCAAGUCGUGGGAGACCAUUCGCUCCGAGCUCCCGCACUUUUCCACCGCCACCGAGGAGUAGUAGAGACUGUCGCUUGGCCUUUUUGCCGCAGAAUACAAGGAAAGUGUCCAUG